ACUGCUUCCCAUAAUGCAAAUGUACUUUUUUUCCCCCAGUCAAAGUUGGUCCGUCUGCUGUGAAAUGAAAUUGGAAAAUGAGAGCAGCGAAAGGAGUAACCGAGGAGAUAAAAUUGAAAAUAAUGCACAUUGACAUCAAAUAUGCGACAGUACCGCAGUUGUAUUAGCGACGGUUCGUUAUGACAGACGUUGCACGGUGUUCUGUCUUGCUCCGUUUUUGUUAGCUAUAUGGACGUUGAACUAGCUGGCUAGCCACCUCCCUGUCACGAGCAACGCCGGGGUGUAUUCUUCGUUUAGACUUCGGUUCAUCACCGUACUGCAGUAUGUUACAGUGGCCGAAAAGAGGGCCAGGGCUCGGUUAUAGCAUUUGAGAUUCACCGCUGUAUAAGAGCAUCAGUUCACACCAUUUGUCAACAAUGCACAACUCGUUGCAAGCUAUAAUUAUUGCCAUCUUUUAUGCAAGUUAGCCAGUCAGCAGUUAAUAUUAUGGCACAGUACAGAAAAUAAUAGCCAGUAACACUUCAGUGCCGUGGUACAAGUGCAGGUGGUGCAUUCCGAAAAGUGAUAAGGGAUCAUACACGGCAGGAUGGAGCGAGCAGGCACCAUGGAGCGAGCAGGCAGCAUCCAGCUGGACGUCCCAGACUUUAGCAACUCUGUGCUGUCCCAACUGAACCAGCUGCGUAUGCAGGGGCGGCUGUGUGACAUAGUGGUGAACGUGCAGGGCCAGAGCUUCCGUGCUCACAAGGUUGUGUUGGCUGCCAGCUCCCCUUACUUCCGAGACCACAUGUCGUUGGGCCAGAUGAGCACUGUGUCCCUGUCAGUCAUCCGCAACCCCUCGGUGUUUGAUCAGCUCCUCUCAUACUGCUACACCGGGAGGCUGUGCCUGCAGCUGGCCGACAUCAUCAGCUACCUGACGGCCGCCAGCUUCCUGCAGAUGCAGCACAUCAUUGACCGCUGCACGCAGAUCCUUGAGGGCAUCCAUCUAAAGAUCAGCCUGGCGGAGGAGGAGCUGGGUGCCGGAGGGGGGCACAGGGGGGCUGGGAGCUUGGAGGGAGGAGGAGGAGGUGGGGUAGGAACAUCAGGGGGCUCCCUAAGCCCGCGCCACAGCAGCCCCAGGGUUCUGGGACCUCAAGGAAGCAGAACCCGAGGUGCCAUGGAUAUCCGAGAGGUGGGAAGCCCAGCGGGGGAGUCCAUGAGCCCCCAGAUGGUGGAGCACAGUGGGCUGGGCCCGGAGGGUCUGCCUGGGGGGGUGGAAGUGGGCAGCAGGCUGGGGAAGGAGCCCAUACUGCGCAUCAAUCGGGCCGGCCAGUGGUACGUGGAGGCAGAGUCGGAGAGGGGGAGCGGCGGUGAAGAGGGGGAGUCAAUGCGAGUGGUGGGUGGUUUGAGGAUAAAGACGGAGAGGAUGGAAGAGUGGACUGGGGCUGAUACCCAGGAAGAAGGGAGCGGGGCGGAAGAGGGAGCAGCCAUGAUGAUUGACACGUCCGUGUGCAGCUCGCUGGUGCAGGAGGGUAUUGUCACGGGGGCCAAGAGCUCUCAGCCCUCCAGCAGCUUCAGUGAGACUGAGAGGUUUAGUCCUACUGGCAGUGUGGUGGUGAUGGCAGAGAGACCGAGAGCCAAGAGUGAGUCACCCAGCAGAGUAGACGACCAGUGCCAUCCCAACUCGCAGGGGGAGGAGCAGGCUGUUUUGGGCGGCUACGAGGAGUACCUGCGUGAUCAGGUGGCUGACCGCUGGUGCCACUACAACCCUCGGCUCACCUGCAUUUACUGCUGCAAGUCCUUCAACCAGAAGGGCAGCCUGGACCGCCACAUGAGGCUGCACAUGGGCAUCACACCUUUCGUGUGCCGCAUCUGCGGCAAGAAAUACACCCGCAAGGACCAGCUCGAGUACCACAUCCGCAAGCACACAGGAAACAAGCCCUUCCAUUGCCACGUCUGCGGGAAGAGCUUCCCCUUCCAGGCCAUCCUCAACCAGCACUUCCGCAAGAACCACCCGGGCUGCGGCCCUCAAGAGUUGGCCCACAGCGCCUCCCCAGAGACCACCACUGUCUCCUCCAGGGGGGGGCAGAACGAGGAGGCGUCACCCAGCCAGGAGGAGCCAGAUGGGGGUGGAGGUGGGGCCUCUUUCAGAGAGGGUGUCCAGGCCUCUGUCUCCACCACUGGGCCUGAUUGACCCAGUGGACCAGGGAGGGAGAUGGUUGGGGUAUAGGAGGACAGGGUAUAGGUUAGGUUAAUGGUUUGUACUCUCCUGCCAGUGGAGGAAAGACAAUGUAUGUUGAAGUUGCUUCAAAGGAAAUUAUGAUAAGGGGGAGGUCAGAAGGUCAAGUCCAUCCAGGGUGGGAUUUUUAUAAGCAUUUUUUUUUUUAAUUCCUUCGACUAAACUGCAGGGACAGGAGAAUGAAGCAACAGAGUAGUUUGAUAUGGCACUUCGUAAUAUGUCGUUAUUUAUACAUGAUAUUUCCGCUUUAAACCAUAUCUACCUUCACAAUACAAACAUGAACAGAUUAAGCCAACACAUGAAGAAAUGCCACACACUCCCAAUAACCUCACAACACUGAAUGCAGUGGUUUUUAUUUGCCUAUUUUCUUAUGUUAGUUUUAUUAUUUUGUAUAAUAACUACAUACAAUUUCAAUUCUUGCCUUUUGUCUUGAGACAAUCUUGAACAUAUGGGGGUCAGUGAUAAUCAGACUCCUCUUCAUACAUUAUAUGGGUAAUUCCACAGUUACUCAUGGUUUUCACAUAAAAAUGUAUGUCAAACAAAAUGCAAUGGUUGCAAAGUUGAACAAACCAUACACAUUUUUUUACACAAGGACGACUUUGAACAAAUUUCCAAUUUUACAAAAACACAUUUACUUGAGGUAACAAAAACAUUUGGGGUAGCCUAGUGGUUAGAGCGUUGGACUCGUAACCGCAAGUUCAAACCCCCGAGCUGACAAGGUACAAAUCUGUCGUUCUUCCCCUGAACAGGCAGUUAACCCACUGUUCCUUGGCCGACAUUGAAAAUAAGAAUUUGUUCUUAACUGACUCGCCUUGUUAAAUAAAGGUAAAAUAAAAUACAAUUUACUUUGACAGUGCAGAGGCAAAGUUUGGUAACAAAAUGACAACUCCAACAGCACAAACUGUCAUUCUGUUACCAAACUUUGCAUCUGCUCAAGUAAAUGUAUUUUUGUCAAAUGUUCCGUGUAAUUUAUGAAGUAGUCCUUGUACAUAGUUGUAUGGUUUGUUUACAGAGAGAGUCUCAGCAUCACUGUUACGGUGGAAUUGCCCAUGUGCCAGAAUGGCUUAAAAAUGCAACUCCACAUGAAUAGUAGAUAUGGCCCAGUGAACAAAACCAGUUAAUUUGGUAGAGUAAUGAGUACAAUUCUGAAAAUAACACUGAUGUCAGUCUUAUGACGAUUUUAUGUCAUGUGUCUUAACAUGGCUAAAUACAUUCAGAAGUAUACCAUUUAUUUAAUCAGUGCAACACUUUUACAAUGUAUUAAGAUAUUGGCAAAGGUAAGAGGCCUUUUAAAGAGGACUUGUUAAUCCAUAUGUGUUUGAACCAUACCUCCACAUUCUUUAACCAGCUGCUGAAUGCAUACUUCUAUACAGGAACACAGGAAACUCAGUUUUUUGUUUUUUUUUACCUCAGAUAAGCUACAAUAAAACUCUGUUACCUCUCACACAUCACUACGCAAUACAGCUCUGCUCCAAGCAGAUUGGUCGAUGCACUCAGUUGAAUUUACAGUAUGUUCUCAUUUUUCUAUGUUGUGGUUAACUACCUUUUUCUUUUUUUAUAAGUGACUGUUUUUUUUGCAUAAGCGCAUCUGAACAUUUUUAUCUAGCUCUGAUACAAUGUAUCUGGAGGAUGUAGAGACAAGAUUGUAAUGGAGGACACUCAUCGCUAUUGGGGGGGUUCGAAGGAGGAGAGAUGAGACUCUGCAGCUGAACUGUAGUACCACCCAAGAGAAAGACUCUGCAUCUGAACUGUAGUACCACCCAAGAGAAAGACUGCAGCUGAACUGUAGUACCACCCAAGAGAAAGACUCUGCAGCUGAACUGUAGUACCACCCAAGAGAAAGACUCUGCAGCUGAACUGUAGUACCACCCAAGAGAAAGACUCUGCAGCUGAACUGUAGUACCACCCAAGAGAAGGACUCUGCAGCUGAACUGUAGUACCACCCAAGAGAAAGAAUGCAGCUGAACUGUCGUACCACCCAAGAGAAAGACUGCAGCUGAACUGUAGUACCACCCAAGAGAAAGACUGCAGCUGUUCUGUAGUACCACCCAAGAGAAAGAAUGCAGCUGAACUGUAGUACCACCUAAGAGAAAGACUGCAGCUGUUCUGUAGUACCACCCAAGAGAAAGACUGCAGCUGUUCUGUAGUACCACCCAAGAGAAAGAAUGCAGCUGAACUGUAGUACCACCCAAGAGAAAGACUGCAGCCCACUGAUGCUACAGAUGUCCCAUCACCAAAGGAUAGACAUGAUUGCUACAGUGGAGUGUGUUCCACUGGAAAUCAAUCAUUAAGAAGAGGCAUCCAAAGGAUUUGAGAGGACAAGCCAAGGGUCGUAUUUCCCUCCCUCGCAGGGAGGCCAAAAUAAUUACGUCAAGCACUUCAAUUAAGGAGGGGUUUGAAAUAGUUACAUUUUUAAAGAAAUAUGUAAAAGAUAUAUCGCAAAUUUAAUUUAACUUAAAACAUUGUUUUUAUACAGAUAAAGGGUAGCCCAGUGGAUUGGCUGUUUUAUUUUCUUAUUUUAUUUUUAGAUCUGAAUCAUUUGUGGGUGUGGCGGGAGUUUUUAAUGUAUGCAAGUGAAAAACUUACUGAUUUGUCCACUGGGUUUUUCUUAUCUGAAAUGAGAAUGCAUUACACAUCACCACAGUACACCUCGGUUAAUAUUCGUCAGACAAAAACAGAUCAACAUUCUUUAUAAAUAUCAGGUAUUUUUGUUUACUGUUUUUAAGUGUACUCUGUACGUAACAUUUAAGGGGUUUUAGAUAAACCAUUGAGCUUGGGCUACCUGCAGAGAAAUCUUACAGCAAGCCUUAUUUAGCAAGUGCAGCUUAACGAAGAUUAAAUGUAUACUGAACAAAAAUAUAAAUGCAAUAUGCAACAAUUUCAAAGAUUUUACUGAGUUACAGUUCCUAUAAGGAAAUCAGUCAAUUUAAAUGAAUUCAGUUGGCCCGAAUCUAAGGAUUUCACAUGAAUGGGCAAGGGUGCAGCUGUGGGUGGGCCUGGGAGGGCAUAAACCCACUCACUGGGGAGCCAGGCCCAGCCAAUCAGAAAUAGUUUGUCCCCACAAAAGGGCUUUAUUACAGACAGAAACACUCCUCAGCACCCCCCUCAAAUGAUCCCGCAGAUGAAGAAGCCGGAUGUGGAGGUCCUGGGCUGGUGUGUUUACACAUGGUCUGCGGUUGUGAGGCCGGUUGGACGUACUGCCAAAUUAUGUUGGAGGUGGCUUAUGGUAGAGAAAUUAACAUUCAAUUCUCUGGCUACAGCUCUGGUGAACAUUCCUGCGGUCAGCAUGCCAAUUUUACGCUCCCUCAAAACUUGAGACAUCUGUGGCAUUGUGUUGUGUGACAAAACUGCUCACUUUAGAGUGGUCUUUUAUUGUCCCCAGCAGAAGGUGCACCUGUGUAAUGAUCAUGCUGUUUAGUCAGCUUCUUGAUAUGCCACACCUCUCAGGUGGAUGGAUUAUCUUGGCAAAGGAGAAAUGCUCACUAAUGGGGAUGUAAACAAAUUUGUGCAAACAUUUUUAGAGAAGUAAGCUUUUUGUGCCUAUGGAACAUUUCUGGGAUCUUUUAUUUCAGCUCAUGAAACAUCAGACCAACAAUUUACAUGUUGCGUUUAUAUUUUUGUUCAGUGUAUGCAUGAUGUUUUAUUUUUUAAGUGAAGACGCCAUUAUGGACGUAGCAAUGCAGCUAUUCUCUUAUAUUGAAACUAGGGAUGCACGAAUUUGGAAAUUCUUGGUCAAUAACCAAUAUUUUCUUGUCCAUGAUGGCUGAUACUGAUAUGACAUUACAAAUAUUGUGUGAACAACUAGCUAUUGAUCAAAAUACUUUUAAAAAACAACCUUUUUUUAAAUUAUCAAUGAGCAAAUGUAAAGAUCAAACAUUUUCACAGAGAAACACUUUUCGGUGCACCGUGUCAUUUUAUUGUAGCUCAGAUUUAAAGCACUAAUCAGUAGUUGAAUCAAUAACAGUCUAAUAAGUAUGUUCCCCAACCCUGUUUCGGUGAGAAAUGAAACCACUCAAAUUCAUAGACAAAGCUAAUGGAUGCAAGAACUGACCAUCCAUGCUUAAAAAAGUAUAGUUUAAACCAUAUUUUGAGGCUAUAUAGUGUUUGUUUACAUUUACAAACAUUGAGUAAAAUAAUCUAAUUUUGGGUUCUGAUGGGGUUCGACAUUAUGUUAUAUUAUUCAAGAAUCAAUGGGUACAUAAUUCAUUUGAGUACAACAAUGUAUGUAGCAAUUGCAGAUUGCCCUUUUAACACCAUCCACUAUUAGUCCAGUUUUUCAGCCAUCAUCGGUCGAUACCGAUAUGAAAGGCAGAUAUACAGUAUCACGCAUCCCUGAUUGAAACAUAGUUAUAAUAAUACUCAGGGUUGUAGCUUGAACAUUCUUUACAAUGUGAUUGCUUCAGCUAACAAAAUUUGAAGAUGGUCUUGAAUUGUUCAAUGGUGGAAGAUUUAUGUGAACAUUUUAGUCACACUCACAGUUAAUGCUUCUAAGCCAGUGGUCACCAACCUUGGGUUCUGGAGAGCUCCAAUCAUGCUGACUUUAGAAUUAAGGCAUUAAAUGAAAGAAUUAUAGCAUUCCAAUGUAGAACUAAAGUGGAAUGAUUUUAAUUGACAGUAGAUUUUCAGAUACAGUUGAUUUCAUUCAUCUUAGAGGUAUAGUACAUUACCAACCUUGAUGCUGGAAAACCUGGAAUCCAGAUAGAGAAGUGUUCCAUCAUUAUUAAAAUGUGUAAAAACGAUUCGAUUUUUAAACAAUUACUAUGAAACAGAACAAUUAUUAUGAAACAGAAUACAACCAAUUUUGUUAAAAAAUAAUAAUUCCCACCAGGUACCAGGUUUGCUUGAUUUGAAUUUUGUUUUGAAUAGCCUUUUUGGGGGUUUGAUAAAGAUUUAUUGUUUCAUGCCUUUUUCUUUGUUUAGAACUAAAAGGGCUUUUACAUUUUUUUUAAAUAAGCUUUACCUGCUUUAAGUGUAUGAUUAUUGAACCCUUGUAUGUGUGUUGUUACUGCUGAAUGUAGAUCAAUGACAGGAACAAGCUCUCAUGAACUAGCCUCUAGUUUGAGCAAACAACAGAAUUAUGGCGGUUUUCAUCGUCUCCACUUACCUCUAUGUCCUGUGAAGAUUCUUACUAAGCUAGUGAGAGGAUGACAAUAAUACAGAUAUAGUUUAUUAAAGUACUGUCCUGAAAUGUCCUGUUUUGACCCAUAUGUCCCAACUGUGAAAAACAGCAUAUGUAGCUAAAAAAUGUUAAAGGAAUCCAAACAUUUCAGUUACUUUAAUGUAUGGUCAAGCUGAGCCCAUAUUUAGCAGUGAUGCAUGUCUUUGUCAUAGGUUUUUAAUGCCAAACUUGCCAAAUAAUGAUUUAUUAGGUGAUAUUUAAUAUAUUCUACAUUUUGUGCUAUUAUGUCCUUGUUUUGCUGCUUCAUUGAGCUCUCGUGUCUUAUCAGAUAUAUUCUUUAACAGUUGUCUCAAUGUUUAUACACAAAGAUGCAUACGUAUAUCCAAUAUGGUUUUGACCACAAAAUGCUUACUCCAACAAAUCAUUAAGCUAUGUAAUUAAUGACUUAAUGUAAAAUAUUACUUGACAUUAAAAAUAUAUUCAUAAAAAAAAAGAUAUCUCAAAGGAAAUGGAAUAUGUUACAUGACAAUAUAUAUUUUUGAAUCCUGUCAAGUGAGGUACAAAACCAGCGGUGGUCUUGCAGGUUAUAUGUUAAGUUUAUUUUGCAUGGUCCUGUUCCUGAAAAAGAAACAUAUUGAUUACACUGUAAAGGCCAAAGGUUGAUUUGUUAUUGAUCAUGUGAAAAUGGGUUACUUCUCAAUAACCACUAUCAUUUUCUUCACUAGUACAUAUUAAAGUACAUUCUUCUUAAAAUAAAAAAUAAAUAAAAACAUCACAAAAGUGGUCCACUGUU